UCUGUGUUUUCCAGGUAGUCUGGAUGAAAAUGUAGGGUAACUCAAUGUGCAGUCAGGGCUCACCAGACAUUGUCGGGAAACCUCCAUUUAUUGUGGAUUUAUGUUCCUCAUUUUUUCUUUCCGGACACACUCCUGUCUGGCCACCUUGAGAAUAUUGUCGAAAUAUCCCAUAAAAAUGCAUGGACGCCUUAACGUUAAAAAGACAGCCCCGGUCGCCUAGGAAACCGAGCGGACUUGUUAGGCUGAAUCUGUGGUGCUUCAAUGCUCUUGACUAAACGGUUCGUUGGAGGCUUUUAUGAUGACGCUUUUCUUUUCAGUAAAAUCUCCGUAAAUUUUUUUAGGCUACAUUCAACAUAUCCCUGAAGUUACAGCGCACUACCCAAUGGCUUGUGACAUAUCCCGCAUCUUCCAAACAAUUGUCCAUGCCCUCGAGACAACCGGCGAACUCAGUUCCUUAAGAGCACGCACCGACUCCAAUUCUCUGAAAAACAAACCACAAAAUGCCUUUUCCUUUUGGAACCGUGCAUCUAGUCUCCGCGGGAGUCUGUGUGUACUGGCCGGCUAUAUCAAACGUGUACAACAACUGACCGGGACGAGCUUGGGCAGCUCAACGAAACAACGACUACAUUCAGAACUGACGGAACAAGUGACACAAAUGAUCGAUCAAUGUACGACGCUACUGCUUCAGUUGAAAGAAACUUCCCGGCUAGAUGAACUGGGACGCGUGUUGACCAAUGAUCAAAAACAGUUGAAACAGCAUCGACAAGUCGUUGUUGAAUGUUUGGAAGAAGAAAUGAACAAGUUGCGUCGGUUAAAGGAUAUGGAGCUGGAACGUCAACGACAUUUGCAAGAGCUUACAGGUAGCCUUGCUGGUGGCAUACGAUCGGCUCCACCCUCAAAGCCUCUAACAUCCAUACCAUCAACCGAUUUGUCCAUCCGGUCUGGUCAUCCUCCCGCUGACAACCAAGCACGACACCGUCCAUCACAAAUAGAUGAGGAUGAGCGUUCAAACAUAGAAGAAACCAACCUGAGCGAAGCAGAGCUCCAAGCAUUCGAGCGCGAAAACCGAUCUAUAUAUGAGCACCUUAGCGAACAGCGCGACGAGUUGAACCUAGUCGCUCGAGCCAUAUCGGAGAUCAGCAGGCUGAACCAAACGCUAUCUACGCACUUGAGCGAACAGUUGGAGGUCACACAGCAAAUUGGUGAGAACUUCACCAUGUCUACAGAACACAUCCGACAGGGUAAUGAAUUUCUGCGGAACGCCCUCAGUAACAAAGCGAGCGCACAAUUCUGGAUCCUAUUUACCAUGAUCGUGCUGACAUUUUCGCUUCAUUUCCUAGACUGGUAUUACCCAUGACUUAAUCGCCCCUUAACUCUGCAUACUUCCCUCCAGAUUCUCUCAUUUCGUAUGUUCUUUGAUCCAACUGUGAUGUUUUGUCUGUG